AGCGGCGGGCGGGCGGGAGGGCGCGGAGAGGAGCGGAGCCGAGAGCCUGAUCCCCGGGGCUGUGGCCGCCUUCCCCUCCGUUUGUCCUGCCGCAGGGUGCCAGAAAAAAAAUAGACGAAAUGAAGCACGUGUUACUGCUCUUCAUAUUUUUCCUACCUAUAUUGGGUCUCACUGAUGGAACAGAAACAGAACAAGAUUUUACUUGGCACUUAAAGAAGGUUCCCCAGAUUGUGAGCGAAAGGACUUUCUCCCUUGAGAGCCCUAAAUUCGAAGCAAAAACCAAAUUAGAGCUGAACAGUGUGUGUGGAAUAGAAUGUCAAAGGAAACUGCCUGUGCCAAGCUUGUCUGACUUGAAAGAUCUUUUAUCAUAUGAGACCAUUUUUGAAAAUGGCACACGGACCCUGACUGAAGUGAAUGUCCUCGGACCAGUGCUCGACUCAGCUGGAAACACAACCACACGGAGGUCUGUGAGGCAGAAGAGGCAGAUAUAUGGGACAGACAGUAGGUUCAGCAUCUAUGACAAGCGCUUUAUGACCAACUUUCCGUUCAACACAGCUGUGAAGAUCUCCACAGGCUGCAGUGGUGUUCUCAUCUCCCCUAAGCAUGUGCUAACAGCUGCCCACUGCCUGCACAAUGGCAAAGAUUAUGUCAAGGGCAGCAAAAGGCUGAGGGUGGGGCUGAUGAAAACAAAAUCCAGAGGAGAUGGCAGGAAACGCAAAGGCGCCAGAAGAAGUAGGAGGGAAGCUUCUGCAGCCGAGGACCAUCCCGAAGUUGCCACUGAAAUAAGGCGCCGAUCCAAAGGUGGUGGGAGAAAGCAGAGGAGAUCUGGGAGAAAGCAGGGGACCUUAGAUGGCAUGCCCUCCUUCCAGUGGACCAGGGUGAAGAGCACUCACAUCCCAAAAGGCUGGUUUAAGGGUGUCUCCGAGGAUAUUGCCCUGGAUUAUGAUUACGCUGUUCUUGAGCUCAAGCGUCCCCACAAAAGGAAACACAUGGAGCUGGGAAUCAGCCCAGCAAUCAAAAUGAUGCCUAGGAGCAUGAUCCACUUCUCAGGUUUUGACAAUGAUCGAUCUGGGCAGCUGGUCUAUAGAUUCUGCAGCAUUUCGGAUGAGUCCAAUGAUCUCCUUUAUCAGUACUGUGAUGCUGAGCCUGGCUCCACCGGGUCUGGUGUCUACCUGCGUCUGAAGGAGCCAAACAAAAAGAAGUGGAAACGCAAGAUCAUCGCUGUCUAUUCAGGCCAUCAGUGGGUGGAUGUCAAUGGGGAACAGCAGGAUUACAAUGUAGCAGUAAGAAUUACCCCUCUCAAAUACGCCCAGAUCUGCUUCUGGAUACAUGGGAAUGAUGGGAAUUGCACACAAGGCUGAAGAGAGCUGAACCUGACUCGCUUAGCACCUCUAGUGUGAAAGGCUGCUGCAGCAGUUACUGGAAGAGCAUCACUCCACACAAGGAUGUUUUUUAACUCAAAGCUCACAAGUAAUGAUAUGGUGACUUGAGGAAUGCUGGAUUGCUGGGGGAUGGGUAGGUGGAAUUGUCAAACAAAAUAUUUAUAAUUGAUAUCAACCCUAGAUAUGCACUUAAAACUCCAAAAUAUUUUUAAAUUUGCAGGUGUGAUAAGUUCAAAUCAUCCACAUUAGAAAAAAAAUGACUACACCUGCUUUUAAUUUUUUUCGAGGGAAGGAUUGAAAUGUCUCUGGCUGGUUUUAUACAAUAUCUAUUUUUCCAAUGGAUUUGCUUUUCUCAGGGUUCUGUUCUAAAUCUUCAAGUGCAAGAUGUGCAUGCAGCACAAUCCCAAAUGCAGCAGCAUGAUCUGGAGAACUGCUUGAGAUCAAGACUUUUUUUUUUACAUACUCCAAAGACCACAGCUUCGUGUUGAGAAGCUGCAGUCUAGUCCUAAUAAUGCAGUCUAGUCCAAAGCAAUAAUGCAUAUUAGUUUGGAAGAUCUACUCCUCUGGUUGCUGCAGGAACACUUGCGUGGAAGCCUCAAAUUUCUGUAGCUGAGGGUUAGACUUUAAAGACAAGAUUCCCUUCAUUGUUUAGUAAAAAGAAAUUAAUGAACACAGAGGUUUCCAUACUUGGAAGAAGAAGAAAUAUCAGGACAAAAUUUAAUGCCUUUAAAAUUUCUUCAAGAAGCCAUAGAAGUCUUAAAACACAUGUAUUUGCAUUCCAGUUAGCAUUUGGAGAGCUGUAAGUUCAGUUUCUAGUUGAACAUUUAGCUUUACCAUGAGGAAGUCUCUGACUUCUGAAGUGGCUUUUUGACAAUCAUUCAAAGCUUCACAGAGGAUUGAACUUUUUGGGUGCUAACCAUUUUUUUGCAGUUUUUAUAAAUUACUUUUAUACAAGUUCAGCUUCAUAGAUAGGAUAGUGUGUGUUAGACUGGCAGUUGGGAAGCAAUAUUUUAGUUUUUCUUUAUAUGGUUUUGCAAAGUGGGUAGUUUUACUAAUGUCAUAUUCAGACUCCACCUCAACAUGAGCUUGUGAGGAUAAACUUAAACACUAAAAGAUUCUCCCAACUAAAUUUUACCACUUUCUGAAUGGUAGAACUAUCCUGGACAUUAUAAGAGAUAUCUUGUUAGGUAGCAGCAGUAGUUAACAAAUAAUUUGGUUCAAUAUGUUUGCUGAACCAUAUAUUUAAUGAAAACACAAAGUGAGCUUGACUUUUACACACCUUCAAACACAAAUCACCUAUUUAAAAAUUGACUUUGAUUGCUGCACAAGUCUCUAUCUUCUAUUUUAUAUCAAGAUUUUGAAGCACACAGGACUGUUAUGGUGCUA